GAAAAUGGAAUGGGGAGGAGAGUAUUCUCUUGAUUCAUCCAAUUUAGACUGUUUGUUAAAUGUCCUUCCUGGAGAAUUGGAGUUUCAACAAAUCCUUAGUGAUCUUGAUGAAAAAAUUAAGAAGAACUCUUCUAGCAUAGAACAGUGUCUAAAAGACCUGCAGUCAGAAGUGAAUGAAAUACGUACUGAUGAAAUACUACACAGCACAACCGACUGCCUCCAGUGGCUAAGCAACUGCAAUUUUAGUUCUCUCAGACCUUCAUCUACAAACCAUGGAGAGCUGAUGGAGUUCCUCAGGACCCUGCAAAGCUUGCUGAAGAAUGAGCAGAAUCAAGAGGAAAUGAUACUUCACUUCCUUCUGGAUCUCUCUAGUCAGUGUGGUGUCUCGUUUCCCUGUACUCCCAGUGGGAUGUCCUUUGAGCUAACAUCUUCCCUUCAUGCUGUUGAGGAUGAUUCCACUAUGGAUGUGAAAUCUCUCUGGGAUGAUGUGAGACUGCACCUUCGACGAUUUUUAGUAAAUAGGCUGCAAAGCCAAGGAGAUACGAACACUAAUGCUUUGCAACAAAAAAUGGAGUUUAAAACCCAGUGCAUACAGCAACUUUUGUUUCUUUAUCCUGAGUCAGAAGUCUUAGCAAAGUAUCAAAAUAUGCAGAAUAAAUUUGUCAGUGAACUUCUACAGAACUGUAUUUUGUCUAGUUCUGGUGAAACAAAUUUUGAUAAGGUGGUUCAUGGUUACCAAAGUUCCAUACCCAGACUGUGCACAAUGAUAAAAGAGGAUUUGUGUCUACUAAGUGGAACUAUUGAUCCUUCUUCAUCACUGAAGUUUAUUAAUGAAUCUUAUCUGGACACCAUCACUGAAGAAAUGACAGUUCUUCUUGAAAGACUUUGUGAGCUGCAGUUCAAAGAAAAUGCUUUACAUGUCGUUAAGGCAAACAAGAUUUCGAAGAAGCAUAGAGGAGCUGUUCAUGUCAUGGGUUAG